AUCAAGCAAACCAUGAGGCCCACAGGAAGGCCCAUAGCAGAAAAGCCCGUGGCCCAAACCCUUGGCCGAGAUGAGAAGAUCGCCAAAUUGGGUAUAUAAAUCUCAUGGAGGGUUACUAGGGUUAGGUUUCUGCGUUUGCUCCUCCCGCAGUCCUCCAUUCUUCCGCUAUAGUUGAGGACACUAUUUGAAGAGACUAGAGAGUGAAAAUGGUGGAGAAGACCAAGGGGAGAAAGGAGGAGGUGGUGACCAGAGAGUACACCAUCAACCUUCACAAGCGCUUGCAUGGCUGCACAUUCAAAAAGAAAGCUCCAAAGGCCAUCAAGGAAAUCAGGAAGUUUGCACAGACAGCCAUGGGAACCAAGGAUGUGAGGGUGGAUGUGAAGCUGAACAAGCAUAUUUGGAGCAGGGGUAUCCGAAGUGUCCCUAGGAGGAUUAGAGUUCGCAUUGCACGCAAGAGGAAUGAUGAUGAAGAUGCAAAGGAAGAGCUCUACUCGCUCGUUACUGUUGCUGAAGUCCCACCUGAAGGACUUGGUGGCUUGGGAACCAAGGUCAUCGAAGAAGAUGAUGAGUAGUUUAUUGAUUAUGUUUGGGAAAAUACUCGAGAGUUUUGGUAAUUGUUUACUGCAACUACUUCUUUUCAGAUAUUUGGCCUGUUGCCUACAUUGUGAACUUUGGCUAUCUAGAUUUUGUCUAUUGGUUUUGAUAAUUUUCUAGAGGUUUGUCAUGACUUUGCCCCUGCACAUUUUGUGAUUUUGAGCUUUUUCACCUCCUUGAAUGGAAGGAUGAUCCUAUAAUGCCAUUUUCAUUCUCA